UCGGGUGUGUGUUGUGUGUGUUUGUGUUCCGCGUCCCCCCGCGUCUGUCGGUGUGAGUGCGCGGUGCAGCGGAGGAUGCGUCGCGCGCGAGCGGGGAUGAGGAUGAUCUGAGCGGCCGUGUUUACCGAUCCGGCGCGACGCUCGCUGUACCGCUGAAGAGUGACUGGUGCUGAUGUGAGAUCGGAUCGUAUCGGAUCGGAUCGGUCCUGCACUGGGAUGGUCUGUGGCAAACAUGUGUGUAGCUGUGCUGAUUAUUCACACUAAAACCCUGGAGAAGAAGUCGCUCGAUGAUGUAGCCUCCACAGAGUCUGUGCAGCUGCACGAGCCGGCGAGCAUGAGCCAGGGGACGGCCCUCUUCUCCUGCGGGAUUAUGGAGUCUGGCCGCUGGCCGGAGGUGUGUGGUGUCCAGCCGAGUCUGGAGAGUCUGUGGGACAGUGUGCGAGGGAUGGGUGCCGGCGGCGGGAUCAGCGGUCUGCUGCAUGAUCUGAGUCUGAGUGAAGCGUCCUCUGCGCCGCCCAGUAAACGCCAGCACCGCUCGGUGUCCUGCUCCUCGUGGCGUCCGCAGGGGUCACACGUCUGGACGGCGGUGGAGAAGCGGCGCUGUGUCAGCGGGGGGGGCGUCUUCGCUCCGGACGGGUGUCCCUCCAUGCAGCGCAGCUCCAGCUUCAGUCUAACGCCGGAGCAGACGCUCUGCCUCUCACAGGAGCACAUCUGCCCCCCCGAGGCUUCAGCCGACUCCACGCCCGAGCCGCGCCGCACACAGAGGCUCGCCCGCAGCCAAUCACAGCCCUGCAUCCACAGCCACAAGAAGACCGGCGCGAAGCGCAGGAGACCAGCGGACACUCACACACACAGGCCUUCACUGGACCUGCUCAAGAUGACACAGAAGCUGCAGGACUUUCACAGUCUCAGCUGUGCAGGAAUCACAGGAGACGAGCAGACGAUGCUCCACACCGAGGCAGUCGUCACACUCGACCAGCACCAGACCAAAGACAACGCCGUCAUCCACCAAUCAGAGGCCAGCUGGCCAGUGGGGCGGAGCAAUGGGAAGGAGCGUGAGUGUCUGUGGGCGGGGCUCUGCGGCCGGAGGGGGCGGGACUCACUCCAGCUGGGCGGAGAACUGGACAUCGAGCAGAUCGAGAGGAACUGAGCUGUGUCCUGUUGAUUAUGGACGAGUGUUUCAGUGAGUGGAUGCGGAACACAUGUGAUCGACUCAGGGUCAAGCACACGGAGAACGUCACGUCUUCAGAGCGUGAGCC